UGCUGUCAUGUGUUAAUUCCGAGAUAACAAAUGUAAAGGAUGAGUGAACUGGAGCAGUUGAGGCAAGAAGCAGAAGAGCUGUGAAAUCAGAUCCAGAAUUCCAGGAAAGCGUGUAAUGAUGCUACGCUUGUUCAGAUCACAUCAAACAUGGACUCCAUGGGUCAAAUACAAAUGCGAACAAGACGUUCGCUGAGGGGUCACCUAGCUAAAAUUUAUGCUAUGCACUGCGGAUAUGAUUCAAGGCUACUAGUCAGUGCUUCCCAAGAUGGAAAAUUAAUUAUUUGGGAUAGCUAUACAACAAAUAAGAUGCAUGCGAUUCCUCUGAGGUCCUCGUGGGUGAUGACCUGUGCCUAUGCUCCCUCUGGUAAUUAUGUUGCUUGUGGAGGAUUGGACAAUAUCUGCUCCAUAUACAACUUAAAAACCAGAGAGGGAAAUGUGAGAGUGAGCUGAGAGUUACCAGGUCACUCAGGCUACUUGUCCUGCUGCCAUUUUUUAGAUGACAGCCAAAUUGUAACAAGUUCAGGAGAUACAGCUUGUGCUUUAUGGGACAUCGAAACCGCCCAGCAGACCACCACAUUCCCUGGUCGUUCUGGAGAUGUGAUGAGUCUCUCUCUAAGUCCUGAUAUGAGAACUUUUGUUUCUGGUGCCUGUGAUGCCUCCUCCAGACUCUGGGAUAUUCGAGAUGGGAUGUGUCGACAGUCCUUCACUGGACAUGUGUCAGACAUUAAUGCUGUCAGUCUUUUUCCAAACGGAUAUGCCUUUGCCACUGGCUCUGAUGACACCACUUGCCGGCUCUUUGACCUUCGUGCAGACCAAGAGUUAUUAUUAUAUUCUCAUGACAAUAUUAUCUGUGGAAUCACUUCUGUAGCUUUCUCAAAAAGUGGGCGCCUCCUGUUAGCUGGUUAUGAUGACUUCAAUUGUAAUGUAUGGUACACGCUAAAAGGAGAUCGUGCAGGUGUCCUUGCUGGUCAUGACAACCAUGUCAGCUGUUUAGGUGUAACUGAUGAUGGCAUGGCUGUGGCAACAGGCUCUUGAGACAGUUUUCUUCGAAUCUGGAAUUAACAGUGUUGUACGUAUUUUCUGUUCUCCGUUGGUACCUGGAGAAAUCAAUGCUACAGCCUAUAGCUGUGAAAAAAAAUUCUGCCUUGUAUUUGCAGGUGAACAUUUUUCUAUUGAGAUUAUUAUAUACAAAAAGAAACUUUCAGUAAACUACAAAAAAAAAGCAAAGGUGCUUACUAAGAUCAAAAGGGCCCCAGUGCAUUAAUUUGAGGAGUUCGGUUAAUUUAGCCUUGAAUUUUUGCUUGUCCUCAAGUCUAAUUUUUUAUUUUGUAUAGAACAGAAUGUACAUGUUAGAACAGAAUGUACAUGUUAUCGCAGCCUCUAUCAUGUUUGAUUGUAUGUAUUUGAAUUUUUAAAGAACUUCAUUGGUAACUUCGUAUACCUGUCACAGUUCUGAGCUUUAUAAUGGAAGAACUAGGCACAGUAAUAGGUGGAAGUGGUACUUACAUUUGGAGAAUAUCUCCUUGAAUUCUGACCAUCCUUUUCAGUAUAAAAGAGAUCCUGAUUGCUUAAUGUUUAAGAAUGCUGAUAGGCCUGGAUGCCACCGAGGCAAGUCCUUUCAGUUAUCGUUGGUUCCUGGCACACCCUUUGCCAUCUGAUUAAUCUCCAAAAACGCUCACAUUCAGUUCUUUGAGGGGGCAGAUAAUCUGAAGGCCAGGGAGUAGAGAUGUUUCUUUGCCAUUUAAGACAUACAUAAGAAACUUUAACUAGAAUUUAUUGUAUUAAUAAAAAGUAGAUAGCAGUAAUAGCACAUAAAUGGUCCUUAGCAUUUUUAAAGGCUAGUUAUGAUCAAAUGACAUUUGAGUAGCCCUCUAAAUGGUCAAUUGAAUUUUUUUCUAUUGAUUUAAUAUCCUGGAACUGAGUUAGUAGGAUACUCAUUAUUCACAAGUUUGAUGAACACUGGAUUGUCACUGCACGUGAAGAGUCUGUCCCAGUGUCUUCUGUCAGCAUACAUCUGGAUGGGAAGCAUAGUGUGACAGUGUUACAUUUUUGAGAGAAAUGUUAAAGUUAACCAAUGAUUAAACCCAACCCAGUGCCCUUGAGUCGAUUCCAACUCAAAUAGCCCUACUUUAUGAGUUUUAUGUUCUUGUAAUAUAAAGUCUGAAUUGAUAUAAGCUUUUUUUUACUUGUGCCUUCAAAUUUCUUAAAAUGAGACAUUUAAGCUUUUUGCUGUUCUGUAGGAUUUCUCCUCUUAGCACAAAAGAGUGCUUUCUAAGUGGUUUUGCUUCAAAGAAUGCCUAGAUCUCAGCCAAAAGAAAAACUCCUAAAGCAAUUCUUGAAGGAGUCAGAGAAAUAUAUAUACUGAGCAGUUCUUCUGUUUGUCAGUGGUAUACUGUGUCUGUUACUAGGAAGAAAACAGGCCCCCCUGAAUUUUAAACAGAGAUACUUUUCUCCCUGGAUUUUUUCUUACAAAUAAAUCUAAAUGAUGGAUAGUAGAAGAUUGUUGGUCUUAAUGGGGAAAGUUAGUUAGAAAUGCAGUGUUUUGUAACUUAGUGAAUUGUUUUAAGUUAUUGUUGAGAUAGAUCACUGUAAACUUUUGGUCACUUGUAACCCUAAUCUGAAUACUCCCAAAUUUUACCCGUAAGUUUCCAUUUUUAUAUUGUGAAUGUGCUAACUAGUGCAUCAACUAAUGGAGUAUCAUUUUUCUCUAUUGAGGUCAGUUUUUAUUAGAGAAUAAAAUGGAUAAAAGCAGAUUAUAAUAUAGGACCAAACUAGAAUAUUUUAGAUGGCAGGAAUGAAUGUAUAUUUCUAUUUUUGUUAGUAUCUAUGAACUUUUUUCUAGUACUAUUUAUGAACUAUAUCUCUUCAUAAGGAGCAGCUCUUUGAGACAAGGCAAGAUUUUAAAGGAAUUUCCAAUAAAAUGGGGGAGGGAGGAGUUUGCCAUGUAGCUCAGCAAAUCAUUCCCCAAAAUAACUUCAUGUAUAGUAUCUUUCUACUUUGAAUGUUAUUCUAGUAACAAGGUACUUUAGUCAAAGAUUUUUUUGGAGAGGUGUUUAAAGCAAUUCCCUUAAUUGAAUAUGUCCUAGGCAACUUGAAAACCCUAUCUAACACUUGUGGCAAAUUAUACAUAUGACAGAAUAAUCUCAUUAUGUCUUAGUUAUCCAGUGCUGCUGUAACAGAAAUACCACAGGUGGAUGACUUUAACAAACAGAAAUUUAUUUUCUCACAAUUUUAGGAAGCUGGAACUCAAAAUUCAGGGUGCCGGCUCUAGUGAAAGGCUUCUCUGUUGGCUCUGCGGAAGGUCCUUGUCUCUUCAGCUUGUUUCCUGGUUCCUUGGAGAUCUCCAUGUGGCUUGACAUCAGUCUUCCCCCAUCUCUGCUUCUUUCACUAUUGACUUGACACAACCUAUACUAAUCCUGUCUCAUUAACAUAACAAAGACAACCCCUUCCCUAAUGGAAUAAUAACCACAGGCAUAGAAGUUAAGAUUUACAACACAUAUUUUUAUGGGGACACAAUUCAAAACAUUCCACUCUGUGGCCUCCAAAAAUUCAUAUCCUUGCUACACACAAAACACAUUCACUCCAUCACAUCAUCCCAAAAGUCUUAAAUCAACUCCAAGUCCAAAAUCUCAUCUUCUGAAUAAAUCAAAUAUGGGUGAGAUGUUAGGCAUAUUCCCUCCUGGGGCAAAAUUCCUCUUCAUCUGAGAACCUGUGAAACCUAGAAUAUAGGUUAUCUGCUUCUAAAAUACAGUAGCGAAACAGGCACAAGGUAAACAUUUCUGUUGCAAAUGGGAGAAAUUGGAGGAAAAGCAGUGUUAACAGGCAUGGACCAAGUCCAACACCCACCAGAGUAAAUUACAUUAGCUCUUGAGGCUUGAAAAUAAUCCUCUGUUCUCUGAUACCGUCUGGGCAGUGGCCCUGCCCCAUGCCCUCUGGAUUCUGGGUGGAGGACCCUCGGCCCUGGGCUUCGGCUCCACCUUGUAGGCCCAUUGGGAUGGCAACUCUGCUCCCUCGGCUUUGGGUGGCCCCCACACCCAGAACCGAGUUGGCGAAGAUCCGACUCUUUGAAACCUAGGAGGCUGUGGCGUCACCCUUUGAAACUGAGAAGGCCCUACUUCCUGUGCUCCUUCCAACAGUUCUACCAGCUCUGAGCUGCUCCAGGGAUGAUCCUUUGCUUUUCUUGGAGGACAUCAGGUAUAGCUCCUUUGGCCUGUUACCUGCCUACCUAAGGAGCAGACAGCAUUCUUUCCUUUCAUUCUUUUGCUGUCCCCUUCAGUCUAAGCUGAUGGGCUUUCUGCUGUGGUAGUUAGUUAAAUCCAUCAGUCACAGGCUUAAUCUCUAACAAAAGAUUGUGUAGCCACAUCCUUGGUGAACAUUCUAGGGCAUGUGUCCAUAGUUUGUGCAACAGAAUUUUCCAGAUCUGUAAGUGCUGUUUUCGUUUUGCACAGUUCAUCUUUAAGUCCAUCUCUUUCCUCUCGCAUUUUACUAUAAGCAGCAAGGAGAAACCAUGCAGCCCAUGGAGUGCCCAGAGGACACACCUUUCACCACAACAGUGAGGUACAAAUUUGUGAAGGGAGCCCCAGCAUCCUUGAAGACUGCUGUGAUUGCUAUUUUAUGUAAGUCAGAUUUGACAGUAGGAACUGCCCUAACUAAAUUAAGACACAAUUACGGUGCCAGCUAGGAGGCUGUAUGUGAUUCAAACCAGCAUCCACUAUAUGGUGCUGUUUCUCCCAUAGCCAAGAUUCUCUGGUCCAGGAAUCAAGGGGUGGAAAUGGGAGUGGCCCCAGACACUGUUACCCCUAGUGACCCACUCGCAAAAUUUUUGCUUCCUUUCCCCACAACCCUAUGCUCUGCGGGUCUAGGGGCCUUAGUUCCAAAGGAAGGAAUGCUCCCACUUGGAGACACAUCACUGAUUCCAUUGAACUGUAUGUUAAGAAUUACCUGGCCACUUGUGGCUUCUUAUGCCUCUGAAUCAACAGGCAAAGGAGUUACCAUACUGGCUGAUGUGAUUGAUCCUGAUUACCAAGGAAAACUGGAUUGGUAUUACAUAAUGGAGGUAAAGAAUAGGAUGUCUAGAAUACAGGAGAUCCCUUAGGGUGCCUCUUAGUACUACCAUGCCCUGUAAUUAAAAUAAAUGGAAAACUACAGCACCCCAAUCCUGACAUGACUACUAAAUUAGUAGUACUAAUGGCUCAGAUCCUUCAGGAAUGAAGGUUUGGGUCACCCCAACAGGCAAAGAACCAUGAGCAGCUGAGGGCAAAGGGAAUAUGGAAUGGGUGGGUGGUAGAAAAAGGUAGUCCUAAAUGCCAGCUACAACCACGUUGACUAGUUGCAAAAAUAUAGACUGUAAUUGAGUAUUUCUUCCUUGUUUUGAUAUACUUGUAUGUGUCCGUGUGUAUAUAUGUGUAUGUGUAUGUGUGUAUAUAUAUAUAUAUAUAUAUAUACACCAAAACCAAACCCCUUGCCGGUGAGUCGAUUCUGACUCAUAGCACCCCUACAGGACAGAGUAGAACCGCCCCUUAGGGUUUCCAAGGAAUGGCUGGUGAAUUUGAGCUGCUUUUUGGUUAGCAGCUGAGCACUUAACCCAUGUGCCAUAUGAGGUAUUUUUGUUUUGCUUUCUUCCCUCUCUUAUCCCAUUCCUUAUUAUAAAAUAUAAGAUGUAAAUAGGGCUAGUGCAUUUUUUGGUUGUACACGUGUUAUAUCAUCUUAGGUGCAGGUAUGACCUUAUGAUUGUCUUUAUUUAGAGAUUAUGUAUGGUUUGAAGAGAUGUGUAGAGAUGCCAAGUUGACAAGGGGUGGACUCUAAUGGUUAGUAUGUGUUAUCUUGGCUAUGCCAUGAUUCUCAGUAUUACGGAAUUAUCCUACAUUUUGUGAUCUGAUGUUUAAGGGGAGUUUUCUUGGGGUUGUGGCCUGCAUCCAACAUAUAUGGACGUUUUGGAAAAGUUCGCUGCCUCCGACUUGUCAUUCUCUGACCUUGGUUCUUGGGAUGUGAGCCAGCAGCCUUCCACAUCACUUGCCAAUGCUGGGUUCAUCAGCCCUCUGCAACUCCGUAAGUCAGGAGGCUGACCCAUGGAUUUGAGACUUACCGGCCCCUAUAAUUUGCGUGAGCCAUUUCCUUGAAAUAAAUCUUUCUCUAUAUAUUUACACAUAUAUGCUUCACUGCUUCUGCUCUCUAGAGAACUCAGCCUAAGACACAUUACGUCAGCUACCUUCCUAGUUAAACCUCUGCAAGUGACAGGCGUUCCAGUUGCUAAAUAUUUUUAUUUGCAGUUUGAGUUCAACUGGUUGUCUAAUUCUGUUGUGCAUGAGACUUCCUGAAAUCAGUGAGAAUAUAUAAUUUAUAGAAACAUUGUAUAGUCUGACUCUUAGUUUUUCAAGGCUAAAAACAUGGCCAAAUUUCACUUUAAGGAACGAGUAUCAUCAAGAAUACUGCAGUUAUCUGUUACCUAUUUUUCUUCUUUGCCUUAUAAGAAACAUCAUAAGGUAAGUGUGCCUCAGUGUUUAUUUACGGACUAUUUAUUUCACUUCAUAAAGAGUAAAAAAAUAUAUAUAUAUAAAGAGUAGAUCUUUGAAAUCUGGCAAGAAUAUUUUGAAUAUUUUACUCUUUUCUAAAACAAAGUGAUUGCUGUGUGGUUCAGCAAAUUCUUUUCAGAAAAGCUGCUUAACAAAGCACUUCUUGCUAUCAGUAAGGAUUUCUCCUCUACUUUGAGGGACAGACCUGAUUUCCAUCAGCUCUACUAUUAAGGAUUUAGAUGAAAUGCCCAGAUUUCCUCCCUAGCUCAUUUUAUAAUCCUGAUUCCAUGAUUACACACACAUUACACACCAAGUUAAGUUUCCUCUUCAUAAAGGCAAAGAUUUGGGCUUAGUAUUGCAACUGCAAGGGAGCCUAAUAGGCAGCUCUUGCCAUUUUAAUUUUGACCCAGCUGAACGGAUUUACACUGAAUGAUAAUGGUGCCCUAGUCUCCUAGAGAUAAUGGAUGUAGGUGCUUCUGGAAUUUUAAAGUUAACCCAUUAAAAGAGAUGAAUCUUGACUUCUCCAGGUGACAAGAAUGAAACCUUAUUAUUGCUAAAAAUUACUAUGUAAUUACUAAAAAUUACUUCUAAUUCCAGCGAUUACUAUUGCUAAAAAUUUUCCAGUUAACAUCACUGCCAGCUCUAUAACUGAGGCUCUUCUAAUACUUUUGAUGUCCAAGAUCUAAUAGUAAAUUAAGACUUUAACCAUUUUCAAGUUAAUUCAAAGAAUUUAUGCUUUGCUUACUAGUGAAUGUCUCACAUUUUAAAUUAUAAACACAAUACUGUUGAUGUGUUUGAAACUUACAGAAAGUGAUUAAACAAUCCCCCAAAUGUGCCUGUCAUUUCAAUACUGAAUGUAUGGUUUCUUUAAUCUUUUAGGGUACAACAGAAUAAAGCUUUUCAAUUUUUUUUUUUUUUAAUUAAGUACUAUGUUUAGCUUCUCCUUUCCCUUUUGCCAUUGUGGAAACAAAAUUUUAAACAAUUUCUUAAGUCCUGCUAAAAUUGCUUAAACACUCACAGGUUAGACCAUCCUUCUUAUAAGAAAGGAAGUUAGUUUACAGCACAAUGAAACUAUUUUGAAAUUAGAUUCAGUAGAAUGAAGAACAUUUCAGAUUUACUGUUUUUUUCUCCCAUUGUUAAUUUUGAGUUGCCUCCAAGUGCUAUAUUUAAAAAUAUUGGCUACAAUAACAGGUACUCAUUAAGUUGGUUUGUAGUAGAAUGUGUAAGCUAGCAUUUCAUAUUUUAAAUAAUAACUUAUAAUCACAGAUUGAUGGUACAUCUUGUAUUAAGCAAAUGUGUUUGCAUGUUGGUAAAAUUUCCAAAAAGUCCUUUUUUCUUAAAUCCAAUUACUGAUUUUAUAAAAUACAAUUAGGAUAACACAGCAUUAUGAUAAAAAUGUUAUUAUUGAUGUUAAAUGUGCCCAACAAAAUCUUACAAUACAGUUGUGUUUUUUGUUUUUUUAAUUAAUGUAACUUCAGUGAUAUACUUGGUAGGUACUUCAAGCCUUUUCUGCCUUUUACACAAUGGUGCUCUGUCCUGUUCUCUUCUCAAAGCAUCCAAACUCUUGUAUUGGUGUAACCUUAUCCAAAGGCAUCCACAUCUAAGUGGAUUUUUAAAGUUUAUUAAAAUAUUUUCCGCUAUUAUAACAUUCUGAAAAUGGUUUUCUUCACCUAGAAUAGUUUCUACACACUUGUAGCUGGCUGACUAUGAAAAUCAGUAUUACUAGUUAUGGAAGGUAAGCAUGCUAGAUUCCAGCUUUUCUGUAAGAACUUUAAACCAAGCAGAUUGCAGGCUUGUACCAUGACUCAGUAGUGCUCUUGGAUCUUUUCUUGCACAAUGAUUCAUUUCUUUAUUUGUACAGUAGCUCACUGAAAUAAUGUUGCUGUGAAUUGAUACUGUGAUCAAUAAAGUGUUUUUUAACCAGAUUUCAUUGUAGCAUGUUUUAAGUCAAUUUUUCAUAGGAUUAAAAAAAUAAUAAUUACCAGAACCAAACUUCAAGGCCAGUAUUUUAUGCUCAGCCUAAUUCGUUUAUCUAAACAUGGGUAAUUAUUAUUUUCUGCAUGAAAAAUUAAUGAGCUGUAGGAAGCAGGGGAUAAGGAGACUGGACUGCUAAUGACCCAUCCUUUGGUACCAUAAAUGUCUUCUGGGUCAUCAGAAAGUAAAAUUGUUAUUCUUUCCCCGAAACUCCCUCAGGAUAAUUCAGUUCCCUUCUAUAUGAUUUUUUAAAUAACCAUUCUACUGCUUAAAGUAUUGAUUAAAAAAUGUCAUCCCCACAACUCUGGGAAUAGAAGGGAGGGAUUAAUGUCUUAAAUUUACUUCAAAAUAAUGUGGGAGAUAAAGCAAGGUUGGCCAUGAGUUGAUAAUUCUUCAAAUAGAGUAACAGGCCCAUUGGGGUUCAUUAUGCUUUCUGGCUACUUUUGUCUAUGUUCGAUAAUUUCCGUAAUUUUUUUUUUUUAAAUUAUGAUGUGAGCCCACCUUAUAAUGUGAGUCCACAGCAAUGUAGGUUGAAGCAAAGGGCAGGAAUAAGCUCCCCUCUGGCACUUUUGAUGUUUGUUCUAUUGACAGAGAAGAGUACUAGAGAAGUACUGUUAUUUGCAUAACUAAUACGGAAACCAUCAGUAAUCUGUCAUUUUGUCCUACGUUAUGCUGGAAGCUCUACCACUGGUACAGGCAUACCUCAGAGAUACCGCAGGUUCAGUUACAGAUCAUUGCAAUAAAGCAAGUCACGUGAAUUUUCUGGUUUCCCAGUGCAUAUAAAAGUUAUGUUUACACUAUAGUCUAUUAAGUGUGCAAUAGCAUUAUGUCUAAAAAAACAAUGUACAUACCUUAAUUUACAAAUACUUUAUUACUAAAAAACGCUAACCAUCAUCUGAGCCUUCAGUGAGUCAUAACUUUGCUGGUGGAGGGUCUUGCCGAGAUGUUGAUGGCUGCUGACUGAUCAGGGUGGUGGUUGCUAAAGGUUCGGGUGGCUGUGGGAGUUUCUUAAAACAAUACAACAGUGAAGUUUGCCGCAUUGAUUGACUCUUCCUUUCACGAAAGAGUUCUCUGUAGCAUGUGAUGCUGUUUGAUAUCAUUUUACCCACAGUAGAACUUCUUUCAAAGUUGGAGUAAACCCUCUCAAACCCUGCCGAUGCUUUAUCGACUAAUUUUUUUUUUAACUAAAUCCUUUGUUUUCGUUGCAACAAUGUUCACAGCAUCUUCACUAGGAGUAGAUUCCAUCUCAAACCACUUUCCUUGCUCAUCCUUAAGAAGCAACUCUGCAUCCAUUAAAGCGUUAUUGUGAGAUUGCAGCAAUUCAGUCACAUCUUCAGGCUCCACUUCUAGUUCUCUUGCUAUUUCCACUGCAUCUGCAGUUACUUUCUCCACUGAAGUCUUGAACCCUUCAAAGUCAUUCAUGAAGGUUGGAAUCAACUUCUUUCAAACUCCUGUUAAUGUUUGAUAUGUUGAUAGUUUGACCUCCCACAAAUCACGAAUGUUCUUAGUUUCAUCUAGCAUGGUGAAUCCUUUCCAGAAGGUUUUCAAUUUACUUUGCCCAGAUCCAUCAGAGGAAUCACUAUCUAUGGCAGCUAUAGCCUUAACAAAAUGUAUUUCUUAAAUCAUAAGACUUGAGGGAUGUUUUGUUAAAAAAAAAAAAAAACCAAACCCACUGCCGUCGAGUUGAUUCCAACUCAUAGCGACCCUACAGGAGAGAGUAGAACUGCCCCAUAGAGUUUCCAAGGAGCGCCUGGCGGAUUUGAACUGCGAACCUCUCAGGUAACAGCCGUAGCACUUAGCCACUACACCACCAGAGUUUCCAGACGUUUUGUUAGCAGGCAUGAAAACAUUAAUCUUGUGCAUUGACCAAGUGCAUUGUCAAUGAGCAGUAAUAUUUUGAAUCUUUUUUUUCUGAGCAGUAGGCCUCAACAUUGGGCUUAAAAUAUUCACUAAGCCAUGUUGUAAACAGAUGUGCUGUGAUCCAGGCUUUGUUGUUCCACUUACAGAGCACACAGUAGAUUCAAUGUAAUUCUUAAGGGCCCUAGGAUUUUUGGAAUGGCAAAUGAGCACUGGCUUAAAGUCACCAGCUGCAAGCCAGGCAUUGACUUGUCCUCUAGCUAUGAAAGUCCUAGAUGGCAUCUUCUAACAACAUAAGGCUGUUUCAUCUAUACUGAAAAUCCGUUGUUUAGUGUAUCCACCUUCAUCAGUUAGCUAGAUCUAGGUAACUUGCUGCAGCUUCUACAACAGUAAUUGGCUCACUUUUAACUAUUAUGUUACAGAGACGGCUUCUUUCCUUAAACCUCAUGAACCAACCUCUGUUAGCUUCAAACUUUUCUUCUGCAGCUUCCUCACCUCUUUCAGCCUUCAUAGAAUUGAACAGAGUUAGGACCUUUCUCUGGAUUAGGUGUAAGGGGGUUUUGUGGCUGAUUUGAUCUUCUAUCUAGACCACUAAAACUUUCUCUGUAUCAGCAAUAAGGCUGUUUCACUUUAUCAUUCAUACGUUCACUGGUGUAGCACUUUUAAUUUCCUUUAAGAACUUUUCUUUUGCAUUCACAACUUGGCUAACUGGCGCAAGAGGCCUAGCUUUCGGCCUAUCUUGCUUUUCAACAUGCCUUCCUAAGCAUAAUCAUUUAUAGCUUUUGGUUUAAAGUGAGAGACAUGUGACUCUUCACUUAGACACUUGGAGGCCAUUGUAGGGUUAUUAAUUGGCCUAAUUUCAAUAUUGCUGUGUCUCAGGGAAUGGAGGCCCAAGGACAGGGAGAGAGGGGAAUGGCUGGUCAGUGGAGCAGUCUGAACAUACACAUUUAUCAAUUAAGUUCUCCAUUUUAUAUGGGCAUGGUUUGUGGCACCCCAAAACAAUUACAAUUUCUCAGUGCAGGGACCCCAGGUCCAAAGGACGCACCUUUCUCCUGGCUCUUCUUGGUGGCGUGAGGUCCCUCUCCUCUCUGCUUGCUUCUGUGUUACAUCUCAAAACAAACUGGCACAAGAUACAACUUAAUCCUGUAGAAUUGUGUCCUGCCUCAUUAACAUAACUGCCUCUAAUCCUGCCUCAUUAACAUCAUAGAGGUAGGAUUUACAACAAAUAGGAAAAUUUCAUCAGAUCACAAAACAGAGGACAACCACAUAAUACUGGGAAUCAUGGCCUGGCCAAGUUAACACGUUUUGGUAGGACACAAUUCAAUCCAUAACAUUCCACCCUAUGGCCACCAAAAAUUCAUGUCCUUACCCCAUGUAAAACUUUCACCUGUUAUCAUCCCAAGAGUCUUAACUCCAAGUCCAAAUUCCAUUUUGGGGAGAAAGUCCUCCUCAUUUGUGAAAUCUAAGAUACACAUUAUCUGCUUACAAAGUAGACAGAAUGGUGGAACAGACACAAGUUAGACAUUUCCAUUAGAAACGGGAGAAAUUGGAGGGAAAGAAGUGGUAAAAGGCACCAAACAAGUCAGCAGAACAUGUCAGCUCUCAAGGCUUGAAAAUAAUCCGUUCUCUGAGACCAUUUAGGCAAUGGCCCUGCCCUCCAGACACUGGGUGUUGGCCACACUCUUUGGAUUCUGGGUGGAGGUCCUUGGCCCUGGGCUUCAGCUCCACCUUCUAGGCCAACUGGGACAGCAGCUCUAUUUCCUUGGAUUCGGGCAGCCUCAUUCUCUUGGUCUGAGUGGCCACCCUGCCCUGGAAGGUCUCGUUCUUCUGCCCCUUGGGCAUGGCAGCCCUGCCCCCUCAGCUUCGGGCAGUGGAUCUGGUCCCAUCCCACUGACACUCGUGAAAGGCAGCCCCACGCUCCGGAUCCAAGUUGGUGAAGAUCUGACUCUUUGAAAACUUUGAGGCUGUGGCCCCACUAUUUGAGGCCCAGCAGGCCAUGAUUUCACCCUUUGAGACCCCCGAGGUUGUGGCACUACCCUUUGAGAUUGAGGCAGCUCUGCUUCCUGUGCCCCUUGUCUCUUCAGCUUCCUCUUCCUAGUUCUUUGGCCUCUCAGUUCCUCGGGCAUCUUGGGCUGCCCCAGCUUCUUCCCUGCUCAGGCGUGUGUUCCAAGGCUCUUCAGCUCUACUGGUUAAGUGCCUGGAGGCAUCCCACUCUACCAGUAAACUUCGGCCAAAGGCACUCAGCUCUUUUGCUCAGUGGACUGCUCCAGCACCAUCUCACACCGGUCUCCUGGUUCUGCUGCUGCUAUUUCUUUGCUGCUGUCUGCGAUGCCUCUGGUGUUAAAGCUCAAGGUCCUUACUUACUUCUGAGCCCUCACCAGAAUUGUCUUUGAUGUCCAUAAUUCUACCAACAGUCUCUUCAGGCAAUCUAGACAGCUUUUAGAACUCUUAUUGCCUCUACUCAUUACUCAGUUCCAAAAUUGCUUCCACGUUGUAGGUAUCCAUUAGAGCAGCACCCACUCUCGGUACCAAAUUUGUCUUAGUUAUCUAAUGCUUCUGUAACAGAAACACAAGUGGAUGGCUUUAACAAAGAGAAAUUUAUUCUCUCACAGUCUAGGAGCCUAGAAGUCCUAAUUCAGGGCAUCAGCUCCAGAUGAAAGCUUUCUCUGUCUGCUCUGGGGGAAGGUCCUUGUCAUCAAUCUUCUCUUGGAUCUAGGAGUUUCCCAGUGCAGGGACCCUGGGUCCGAAGAAUGUACUCUUCUCCUGGUUCAUCUUCCUUGGACUGUGAGGUCCCUCUCUUCUCUGCUUGCUUCUUUUAUAUCUCAAAAGAGACUGACUCAAGAUACAACUUACUCCUGUAGCUUGUGUCCUGCUUCAUUAACAUAACUGCCUAUAACUCUGCCUCAUUAAUCACAGAGAUCAGGAUUUAUAACACAUAGGAAAAUUACAUCAGAUUACAAAAUGGAGGACAACCACCACACAAUACUGGGAAUCAUGGCCUUGCCAAGCUAACACACAUUUUGAGGGGACACAAUUCAAUCUGUAACAUAUGCCUACAGUAUGAAAGAUGAAAACUCAUUAAAUACCAGUAUAAAUAUUACAUUUAUUACCUACCAGGCAAACAGGUUUAUUUUCUUCUUGCAAGCUUGCAUACUUGCAUUAAAAAAAAUGUACUAUUUUGUAAAAAGUUUAAGAGUGUACAAAGUUUAUAAAUAAUCCUACAAACAUAUAUAGUAAACAACCAAGUAUAUGUGCAAUUUGAAACUACAUCAGCUGUAAAUUACAUCAUUUUUGUAUAAUUCAUGGGCUUGGUCAGAGGUACACUUAUUUUUAGACGUAAGGUUUGAGUUUCAUUAUUUUAGGGUUUCAUUUCUAACAUUCAUACAUCUUUCAAAUCUGAUCAGUUAGGAACUACAUUCAAACAAGUAACUGAAAAUUUACUAUGCCAAAACCACUGUAUUAGUAGGCCCCAAACUUCCAUGUGCAUGAAAAUCACUUGGAGAGCUUGCUAAAAGAGAUUGUUGGGCCCCAACCCUAGUGUUCCUGAUUCAGCAGGUCUUGUAUUUCAUACAAGUUCCCAACUGAUGCUGAUGAUCCAGGGACCAAACUUCAAGAACCACUGAGGUGACAAACUACUAUCCUGUUUCAAAAGUUCAAGUACUUUCUAUGUAAAGGUCAAGGCCUUGGCUUGUAACCUAUAUUAGCAGUACCCAGGGUUAGACAUCAGCUUUUCAUGUUGUAGUUGCCACCUGCUCCCACUUGGUGGCCUGUACCAUUAUGUGGGUUAUAAAUCCACGGCAAAAGCUAUAAACAAAUAUUCACGUGCAUAUGAAUUUGAAUACUGCAUCCUAUUAAUCUCACUUGCGUAAACAUAUAAGUAUUUUCGCAAGGCUUCUAUGCCCUAAAUAAUGGUAGUUUCUCCAAAAAAUAUCUUCAAAAACAGAGUUCCAUCUGCUUUGGAAAGAUUAAAGAUUAAAAAGCAUCCAGGAGCCUAAAAGGCACAGAAAAGGAAGUACUGAGUAUUAAGAAAAACCUGAAAUGUCAUCCCUCCCAUAUAACAGAAGCAUAAACUAUAAGUGGGAUGCUGAUUCUCUAACAAGCUUCUAGGUGAUUCUUAUCUGCUGGUCCUCAGACUGCAUUUUGCAUAGCGAGGCCCCAGAAUAAUGUCAUUUUUUCACAUUCCCAUGUAAGUUUCAAUCAGUUUUUCAGACAGAUAAAGACACAAUACUUAAACCCAUAAACAUUUCGCUAAGGUAGAAAAUGCAUUAAUAAUUUUUAGCCUGGCCCUGGCAGUUUCAUACAAUCAACAGCCUCCCUUGAGGGAAAAUUCAGUAAAUGCAUUCUGAAGAAUAGCUUUUUUUGCACAUGACUAUAAUUGCUCCAAGUUCAGACCUCCCAUAUCUGUGGCUGUUUUUAUUAUAAACCCCUCGACGAAAACUGACAGAAUAGGUCUCCUUACUGGAAUCACAGCUGAAGUAAAGUUGAAAAUGUUUCUUUAGAAACAGAUCAGAAACUUACUAGACCCAAGUAGGAGACUGUUUAUAAUAACAAACCUUUAUACUGUUUUAUAUCAGUUUUAAUGGGAAUAAAAGAGGGAAUAAAAACAGCACGUAUAUUAGUGGUUUACAUACCUGCCAUGAUGGCAAAAGUGAUUGUAACUUGCAUAAAUAAUACACUCAAGAGUAUCCCAUAUUCCUCCUUGGUGACUACAGCAAGGCAAUUUACAAAACAAAAAGUAACUAUUCCCAUUAAAGCAGACAUCAAAAACUAGUUCUGAGAAAGAAGAUGAAAGGAGCAUUCUCCAACUCCUGGAUACCAGGAAGCAGAGUUUUUCUGAAUCAAAAACAAAGAAAAGCCCUAAUUAAGAGCUCAAGGCCCCACCCCUCAGGGGUACAUAGUUGGUUCAUUCAGUUGCUUUUAACGAAUUAAUUAUUUUAACAUAGCAAAUGAUUUGGCCUUUUCUGUAUCCAAAAUUAUAACUAAGGACAUCAACACAUUAUAACACUCUUCAUAAAUGGAAAUACCCUGAGAGAAAUAAUUACCAAAAUCGACACAGGGAUUUGUUACUAAAGUUUGUAUAAUUCAUAUUUAAAAUCAUUUCAUAAAAAUAACAACUGUUCCAGUCUUCCAAGUUGUUUUCCUUCUAUGACAAUCACUGAAGCAAUCUCUUAAGAUUCUUCACUGCUUGAAUGUAGAAACUGCUUAGUAAAAUUCUCCAGCUCAUUUUCAAGUUGAACAGCUUUAUUUCUAAUUAAAAAAUGAAUAAAACACCAAUCUAAUUAUCAUAAAGGUCAAUGAGAAAAAUGCAUUUUGUCUUAUCUUUAAAAGAAAAACUCAGUAUCCAACUGCUGCUACCAUUUACCUGAGCUCAGAUUCAACUAUUAUUCAACUAUUACCCUUUUCAGGGUAUUUAUUAUAUGUGCUAUUAAUAGCUUUGUAAUAAACAUAGACCCCAGUGUCCAGGACCUAAAAAAAGUUACGUACACUGAGAAAAAGACAAAAGCUUUAAUAAGAAUAAGAAACACAACAGUGGAGUCGUAUGAUCUUACGUGGGAGUUAUAUCCUAAAGCCAGUACAUAAACUCAAAGUCACAGUCAUAACUGCCCACAAAAAUUCCCUUUAAGUUAACCACAAAGUAUAGAAGUGGUUUUAUGUAUAUACAAAAAUAAAUGGUUUAUGGGAAAGGGCCAUGGUAUACCAAAAAUAUUUUGUUUAAAGACUAGAAUCAUACUUGAUGCAGCCCAAAUGUCCUUAAUAUGAGAGGAACACUGCAACUAAAUCUGAAAAAACACGGAUUUCUGUCUCCCAUUCUCAUACUAUGCCAGGGUACAUAUUUUUUAUUUUUCUGUUUUGCUGAGUGCAUAUGGUUGAGGUAAUAUAAGUUAAAUACACAUAUGCUAUGAACUCCACUGCAUAUUUCUUCAGUCAGCUCUUCUGAAGUACUAGUUGAAUUCUAUCUGAAUGGCUGAGCCUAACCUAGUAACAACAGAGAUUCCAAUUUUUUUUUUCUGUUAAAAAAAGGAUUAAUUAGCAGAUCAAAAUUAUUCAAGUGGUUUUAGUAAAAUGAGAAAAGACAUUAUAAAUACCAGUAAUCUACUUUAUCAUUUACGUUGUACUAUAACCAGACGAAACACUAUCUAAAAAUCUACUGAAAUAAAAACAAAACUCCAGAGCGUAGUUUCACCAAAUUUGAAGGGUGUAUCUGGGAAUGAUCUAACUUAACAUAGAAGCAAUGAAACAUGUGAUAAUCAUUUGGGUGGGAUGGGUGGGUGAGGGGAGGGUGAUGAUAUCAAGUGACAGGCAAUCGCCUUUUCCAUAGAUUCUGAAACUGAGGUGCAGUGAGAACGUGACUGCUCAUCUUAAGACACCAUGGGUAAGGCACUACUAAAAAUGUUUUAAAUAUAUGUCCCAAAAUUCAGGUCUUAAGGACAGUCCCUUCAAACUGCAAACACUGGCUACUCAGCUACUCCUACAUGGGCAAUUGUAUGCAGCGUAAGUCCUGGUAAGAGAUGAAGUGAUGCUUAAUGAACAUGCAGGUGGCCCAGCUAAUAGCACAAUGAACAUGCAGGCAAGCCAGCUAACAGGCACAAUGAACACGCAGGUGAGCCAGCUAACAGGCAAAAUGAACAUGCAGGUGAGCCAGCUAACAGGCACUAAUGCUCAAAGUUAAAAACUGCCAAGAAGUAUAGACCUCAUGGUGACAGUUCCUUUCUUGUCCCAAAACGCAAAAAUUUAGAUCCAAAGAACCCAUUAAUAAACCACAUUACAUCAGAAAAUCCAUAUUCUAUCAGGAAAUCUUAUUUACUUUUUGCCUCAAAUUUAAGUAUACCCAAUAGAUCCUAAUGAGAAAAUAGCUAUGGGUCCUGGAUAUACAGGACUAAAAACUCAUACACUUUUAAUUACAGAACUGCUCUGAAAACAGACUCAUAUAUAGCCUAACAAGGAGUUACAAGUAUAGAUCUAUAAAAUUCCUUAUAACUCAGAAUGUCUAUAUGAGUCCAGGGAUUUGUAAUGAAGUAGUACUGUCCUUUUAAAGCCUAUUAUUUUUGUUGUCUCCUGUUGAAAUUAGAUUUCAUGAAAUUGCAAACAUAUGGAAUUGAAUUUGGAAAAUUUAAAUUUAAGCCAGCACAGAAAAAGUUUUAAUACAAUUUACUAGUGAUAGCACACAAUUAUAUUUUUUGUAAGGAGACCACCAAUAAAUGUUCAUGUUAUUGAGGAAAAAAAUGUUCAAAUACCUUAAGAGCUUUGAAUUAUUUUGUAUUUUCUCCAACUGAUCUAUUUCUUUGGAUAAUCUAGCAAUUUCUUCUUCCAGAUGUCUUUGAGUAAUAUCAACUUGUUGGCACAAGCGAGCAAAAGUGGUAGCCAUCUCCCUUAAAAAAAACAAUUUUUAUCAGCAGUCAUGAAUGCCGUUUAAAAGGAGUAAGCUUUAAUUUAAUACUUAUAUAAAAUGGUAACCACAAGUACUAAAAAGUAACUAAAACACAAGGUAUCAAAGAACAUAGCUAAGAAUGUAUGAAAUGGUAUGGCGCUUGUAAACCUAAUACAAGUUUAAUUUCAUUUGGCCUCAAGACAAAUAUUCGAGAGGCAAGACUGAUUACCUCAGUUACACAGUUUGAGUAUGAGUAGUUUAUAAAAAGGCAGAAGGUGGGUGUAUUUCCUCAGAAGCAUAAUAAACCUUACUCUUGUCCCCUGCCUUGUAAAAAUAAGAAAUUACCAAGAAGAGGAAAGAAAAGAAUUUCAUGAAUUGCUGUGGUGUAGGCAAAAUUACUUUGAAUCAUAGCAAAAUUCCACUGUGUUUCUAGAAGAAAAAGGUUAUAUUUAAUUUGUGUGGUAGCAAAUACAUUAGCUUUGGCAAACAUUAUGUUUGUAUUUUCAAAACUGGAAGCAUGCCUGGUGUGUGAGUACCUCCUGAACAUGACUGACUGACCUAUUCAUUUUUCUUUGCAACUGUUUUUCUGAGAGUCUUCAUCUUUGCCCUGGUCUUCUUCCGCUCCAUCUUCUUCCCCAAUCCCCCUCCCCAAACCCCAAUAAUAGACAAAUGAAGCAUGUUUUGCUAUUUUAAUAUUUUAUUAAAUUUUUAGUUAGUAUAUUUUAACUAAUUACUUGGGCUUGCUUCUAUUACACUGUAAAGUCCUCUAAGAAAGAAGAUUAAGUUAUCUUAAACUUUUUAUUUCCCAUAACCACUAGCAGAGUUGUCACAUGGCAGGCAAUUAAUAAAUGUUUAAUGAUCAAAUAAAUGGAAAGCAACAUUUAACUGUGAGGAGCCCUGGUGGUGCAGUGCUCAAGCAUUCGGCUGCUAACCGAAAGGUUGGUGGUUUUAAGCCACUAGCUACUUGGUGGGAGAAAGAUGUGGUAGUCUGCUUCCCUAAAGAGUACAGCCUUGGAAACCCUAUGGGACAGUUCUACCUGUCCUAUAGGGCUGCUAUGAGUUGGAAUCGAUUCGAGGGCAACCGGUUUUUUAUUUUUUUAAUUACGUUUAUUUUUACUUAUGUGACCAUCAGCUGAUUUCGUUAGGAGAUUCAGGUACCUUCGUUACAGAAAAGAAUUUUCCUUAAGAUAAAAUGAAAACUAUCAUAAAACAGGAGCUCACAAGAUAUUUGGUAAAUGAACAAAUGAGUGAACAAGUUUGACAGUUUCAAGUUUGUGGCCUCCUGGUUUCCAUUCUCUACAGCUUUAACUUUCAUCUAGUUUUGAUCUUGUGUCUGAAACAGUUUAACUCAUCUCGUCGUCAUUCCUCUCUUCUUAAACCAAACCAUUUUACACACCACACCACUGCCAGCUUAUUUGUUCUAGAGGUAAGUGUUGAUGCUGUCACUCCCAGGAUUCCUAAUAAUCCACAUCCCACUUCCUCAGGGUUCUGUCUUAAGUAUAUUCAAAUGUAUCCCUUUUACACACACAUCUGCCACACUGGUAUUUUCUCUUCAUGUCUGUGAACACAUCUUUUUCCCCCCACCCUCCUGCCUCAAGUUGGGCUGUUUUCUCUGCCUGGAUUGUUCUGUGUGCUCAAAUCUCGUGUGCUACCUCUCCUCCAGGAAACCUUUACUGAUUCACUUUCCUUCAGGAUUUAAGUAACUUCUUACAACCUUACUUUAUGAGAUCACUUUAUCUUCCUUUUAUAUUACUUACCACUUUUAACCCUGCAAUAUAAUUACAAUCCUGUAUCACUGAAAUUAAGCUCAGGGACUUUUCCAAACACAGAAUAUUUUGCCUUGACUUAGCUGGAGUUCUACAUAUUUUUAGUAGAUCAAUAAAACAAUAUUUAAGAUGCAUAAAAGCAAAACUAGGUAGAGCCAGUUAUUUAUUAUAAUAAUAAAAUCCUCUUGAGUUCUAAAAAAUUGUACCUUUAAACUUACCUGGACAGUAAAAAUAAAUUACGGUCACCAAGAAUUAGGAAUCUGCCCACGGUCAUGUGUUUUGAGCCCACUGGUUAACUGCUAAGAUCAGUCUUUAUAAUUUAGAAACUACAAUUAUCUUAAGGGUAGGAACCUGAAUUUUGAAUAGGUCUGCUAAAGAAAUAUCUUUAGAAAACCCUCUGGAGUUCUUGGAAGGUCCUAUCUACCAAUUUGCACGUGUUCAAAUCUAAUCGAACGGGAGAGCAGGAAGAAUAGUCAUGAGGAAAGAGAGAGGGCAGAAGUGAGGAUUCUGAGGUUUGGUGUUGUUCUAUUUCGUCACUUUUGCGAUAGUUACAAAAUGUACUCAUUUUGUGAUGAUUCUUUGAGGUGUAUACUGAUUUUUUUUUUUUUUUUUAUACAUCCUACUUCAAUAAAACUUUUUUUAAACAAAAGAUAAUCUUUCAACUUACUGCUGUACUUGAUGGCUGCAGUUCGCACUUGUGAAGCUAACGAUCAUCUGCAGUUUUUCAGCUGCAUAGUUCACAAACUGCUGCUUAAAGGCUCUCUCCUUGGCACGGGUGGUCCAGGUCAGCCGUUCAUAAAGAUACAAAGCUCCAUACAUACUUAAUGAAACAGAUAUCAGCUUCCAGCCUAUAGUUUUCCAAAUCUGUAAGAUGAAGUUAUAGCUUACUUUGAGAAGGAAAAACACCACUUGGGAGAUUAUGUUGUUUUUAGUUGCUGUCAAAUUGAUUCUGACUCAUGGCGACUCCACAUGUGCAGAGUAGAGCUGCUCCAUUGAGUUUUCAAGGGUGUGACCUUUUGAAGCAGAUUGCCAGGCCUGUCUUCUGAGGCACCUCUGGGUGGGAUCGAAUAACCAACCUUUUGGCUAGUAGUCAAGUGCUUAACCAUUUGUGCCACCCAAGGAGUCCUUGAGAGAGUCUACUAAAAGGGAUUUUAGGAACUACAUCAGCUCCCUACCGAUCUUUGAGUCAAAUCCAUUGUGAGAAAAUCUGAGGUUACUGGAAAUCAAUCAGGCUGAAAAGCCCAACUGAUUUAGGCAUAAAUAUUAGGGAGGAAUUUUUAUAACCUGCCAGACACUUGGUAUCAAUGUAUCUCAAAAUGGAUAAAGGCCUGCUAAUAUAUGUAUUUUUUUAAGGACAGAGAUUUAAAAAACCAAAACAAGUAAAUCUAUGCUGUUAAUAAUACAAAAUACUCUUAUAUAUUAGAAUAACUACUAAAAAAAAUAGUUUUUGAUAUUUACGGCAGAGCUUCCUAACAUGGACUUAAAGAUUUGUCAACAAAUUCAUCCCCUUGUUAUUCCAAUGUACAAAUAUAAUUUCUGUGUGUGCUGUGACGUGAAAAUUGUUAGGAAGCAUUAUUUUAAGGACAAGCUAUAUUUUUUAUUUUUUAAAUGUAAGAUUAGACUUAUGAAACUCUUUGCAAUUUGUUAUUUUGAACCUAUAAAUAUAUCACUUCAUAGAUCCUGGAAAUAGAAGUAAAUGUACCUGUUUUUCAUGAUCUCAAAGACAGCUUUGCAAAAAUUUCAGUUUUAGUUAUACCAGAAAAGAACGUUUCUUACCACUCCUCCAACAACAACGAUGCCCACAGAAGUUCUAGAUGUAAGAGAAGCUAAUCCUGUUAUUAAGGUAACCAUGAGCUCUUCCUGUGAUGCGUUAUCUGGCACAGCUGGAUUGGUAGGAGCAGUGGGAGUAGAAGCUAAAGAUCUAGGGAGCUGAUGAGGUUGGGGAAAAAUAUUACCGUUAAACAACUACAAAUCAGUUACAUUUAUAUUCUAUUGUAUUUCUUUUAAAAUUACAGUAGCAAAUCUGUGAGAAAUUACCCCAAAUAUUACUGUAAAUAUAUGAAGAAAAUAAAAUUGGGUCUGAAAAUUAUUUUCUAUGACAUGGGCAAAAGAUAUUACGAAGAAUAAUGAAUUUUCUUAACAUACAAUGGAGUCUACCUAUAACAGCUGGCCCUCGGACUCUUGAGAGGAACUGAAACUGUACUUUUGAAAAAAGUCACACCAAAAACAUAAUACUUAAAAACAAAAAACAAGGAAAACAAAUAGGACUUCAAAAUAAAAACCUUUUACACCUCAUUAAGAAAAUCAUAUGCGACCUAGUUUGUUUGUUUAAAAUAGGCUAACACAAUUACAAAUGCAGGAAUAGCAGAGGACAAAAAUUAGAUAAUUGGGACCUCAUAAAAACUAAACACUAAUACUUACCAAAAAACUUUAUCAAAGGAGUAAAAAGACAACCUAUGGACCUGGAAAAAAAUCUUUAUAAAUGACAUAUCCAAUAAGGGUCUAAUCUCUAAAAUAUACUGAAAACUUCAACAACUCAAUGGCAAAAAGACAUAACAGCCCAAUUAAAAAAAUGGGCAAAAGAUAUGAACAGACACUUCACCAAAGAGGACGUUCAAGUGGCCAACAAACACAUGAAAAGAUGUUCAAAAUCAUUAGUCAUUAGAGAGAUGCAGAUCAAAACUAUAAUGAGAUACCAUCUCACCCCCACUAAAAUGGCACUGAAACUGACAACAACAAAACAGAUAACAAAUGUGGGGGAGGAUGCGGGGAUACUGGAACCCUUAUCCUUUGCUGGUGAGACAGUAAAACCAUUACGGAAAACAGUAUGGCACUUCCUCAAGAAACUAGAAAUGGAACUACCUAUGACCCAGCAAUCCCACUCCUAGGUAUACACCCCAGAGGCCUGGCAGAAGUGACAUGAACACACAUACAUGCACACCUAUGUUCAGGGCAGCAUUAUUCACAAUUGCAAAAAAAAUGGAAACAGCGUAAGUGUCCUUCAGUGGAUGAAUGCCCAUUGCCACUGAGUCGAAUUCCAACUCGCAGUAACCCUACAGGACAGAGUAAAUCUGCCCUACAGGGUUUCCAGGGCUGUAAAUCUUUGCAAAAACAGACUGCUGCAUCUCUCCCUGCAGAGUGGUUGGUGGGUUCAAUCCACCGACCUUCCAGUUAGCAGGCAAGCACUUAACUACUGCGCUACCAGGCUCCUCUCCAGUGGAAGAAUAGAUAAGCAUAAUGUGGUACAUACAUACAAUGGAAUACUACCCAACCAUAAUGAAUAAUAAUGAGUCCAGGAAACAUAACAUGGAUGGAUUUGGAGGGCAUAAUGCUAAGUGAGAUAAGUCAAUCACAUAAGGACAAAUACUAUAUGAUCUCACUGUUAUAAGAAAAAAGAAUAUAUAUAUACAUACAUAUAUAUAUACACACACACACACACACACACACAGAGAGACCAAUGUUCGCUGGUGGUUACCAUGGAAGAGUGGGAAGGAGGAGGAAUCACUCUUUAGACUGUAGAUACUUGUUUUUUGGUGAUGGGAAAGUAGCACAGACUGUGGGUGUAAUGAACACAGCCGGACCUAAGUAAACAGUAUCAGUCACUAAGAAUCGCACAUGAGAAAAAGAUGUUUGUGCUAAAGAAUAACCCGUUGCUGCUGAAUUGAUUCUGAGUCCUAAAGACCCUAUAGGACAGUAGAACUGCACGAUAUGAUCUCCAAGACUGUAAAUCUUUACAGAAGCAGAUUGCCACAUCUUUCUCUCACAGAGCAAGUGGUGGGUUUUAACUGCCAACCUUUCAGUUAGAGCCAAGCACUUAACCACUACACCAUCAGGGCCCCUGCUAAAGAAUAUGACAUAUAUAACUUGCCAACAACACCAACGAUAACCAAAAAACGAGUAUAUGGUCACAUAUGUGGGUACAUAGGCAUAUAUGUACAUGAGUAGGUACAGGUGAGGAUCGAUAUGUAUGUGUACAUACAGAUAUGUGUGUGCACACAUAUAUAUUCAAAGAGGACACAGUUACAGAUACUUCUAAGACAUAAUCAAACACCUUGCAAGAAUGGUUUUCUGGUUUUAAAGGCUUAGGACCUUAGUCUAAUGGUACAACUCAAUCAAUUGGCACCACAAAUCUCAUGUUCUGCAUCCUAGUGAAGUGAGAGCGUCUGGAGUCUUAAAAGCUUGUAAGUGGCCAUCUAAGACACAGCUAUUGGUCUCUACUCAUCAGGAGCAAAAAAAGAAGAAAACCAAAGUCUCAGAGAAGAAACUAGUCUACAGGGCUUACAGCCUACAUUAGCCAUGGCCUCGUCUAACCUGAAACCAGAAGAACUGGAUGGUGCCCAGCUACCACUACCAACCGUUCUGGCCAGGGCCACGAUAGAUGGACCCUGACUGAAUGAGAGGAAAACAUGGAACAGAACUCAGUUUCUUAAAAAAACCAGACUUAAUGGACCAGCUGAGAGUAGAGGACUCCCUGAGACUACUGGCCAGACAUACUCUAAAGCUUGAACAGAAACUAUCCCCUCUGGUUACCUUUUAGUGAAAUAAACAGAGUAGCAUACAAUAUAAAGGGUAUUAUCCAAGAGUACAGUGCUCCAUUAAAAACCCAUCUAUGAGACCAAAAUGUCAACAAUGACUCUAAAGCAAAGAUGAGAAGAUAAGGGGACAGGAAACUAGAGUACUAGAAAUGGAAAAACCAGAACACAAUUAAAGAGAAUGUUCGCACGUUGUGAAAAAUCUAAUUAAUGUCACUGAACAACUUGUGUAGAAAUUGUCAAAUGGGAACCUAACUGGUUGUGUAAACGUUCACCAAAAACACAAUAAAACAUUAUUUAAAAAAAAGAAAAUUAAAAGACAAGACACACACUUGAAGAAAAUAUCUGCAAAUCAUAUAUCUGGUAAGUGACGAAAUCCUACAACUCAAUAAUAAGACAAAUUAACUCAGUUGAAAAAUGGGCAAAAUAUCUGAAUAGACAUUUCACCAUAGAAGAUAUGUGAAUGGCUAAGAAACACAUGAAAUGAUGUUCAAUAUCCUUGGUCAUUAGGAAAACGCAAAUCAAAACCACAAUGGAAUACCACUUCAUGCACACACUACAAUCAAGAAGACAGAAAAUAAGUGAUGGCGAGAAUGUGGAGAAACUGGAACCUUCAUAUAUUGGUGGUGGUUCUUCAGAAAGACAAAUAUGGAGUUACAAUAUGACCCAGAGAUUUCACUCCUGGGUAUAUAUAUACCCAAGAUAAAUGAAAACAUACAUCUGCAUAAAAACUUGUACAUGAUAGUUCAUGGCAGCAUUAUUCAUAAUAGCCAAAAAAUGAAAACCCAAUGCUCAUUAAUAAAUGGAUAAAUUAAAUGUGUUAUAUACAUACAAUGGAAUGUUACUCAGCCAUAAAAAGGAAUGAAGUGCUGAUUCAUGCUAUACAGCACUGAUAUACUGUAAUGAUAAACCUUUAAAACAUAUUGUAUGAUUCCAGUUAUAUGAAAUAUCCAGAAAGGGCAAACAGACAGCAACAGAGCCAGAUUGGUGGUGGGUUUGGGGAUGGAAACAACUACAAAAGGACAUGAGAUAAAGGAUCCUUUUAAUAAAGGGGUGAAAGAAAUGUUCUAAAACUGGAUUGUGGUGGUGGUUUUACAAUUCUAUACAUUUUCUGAAAAUCACUGAAUUGAUAAAUACGAUUAAGUUUUUUUUUUUUUUUAAAUAGAAUGCUUACAUUUACUCUAGCCUUUUUGAAGCCUGAAAACAAAACCUCUUAAGAUAAAACUCUUAAAAUCAAAACCAGUUUAAAAAAUUAAUGCCAAAAUCAUCUAUAACGGUACUGAUAAAAACUUUAGGACCAGCUUUCCCUUAUCCAUAGUAUACCUGAGAAAUAGCUUUAUGAAAUAGAUAUUAUCUCAUAAAUCGGCAGAUUAGGUAAAGCUAGUUCUGUUAGAGAAAAUCAUAUAAGCAAAAUAAGAAAGGAAAUUCUCAACACACCUGAAAGAUAGGCUCUGAUAACCCCAGAAGCACCCUCUGAGCAUUUGUAGGACCCAAGAAACGAUGAACAAGAGACGACCAGCCCAGGGAAAAAUGAAAUACAAUAUCCUCUUGAAAAUCUGAACAUAACUUGUGGCAAUUUAGGUCAUAGCUGAGAUCAAAUUUCUUGCAAGGGAUUAGUGUAUGUAGUUUAUUCUGUACACCAGUUGGAAGUAAUGGCUUCAAAUUUUCUAGAAAAAACAAAAAUAUGGUAUUUGUUUCAAAAAACAGUAGUAAAUAAUGUUUUGCCUUCUAUAAAACAUACAAAGGAAAAUAAAUCCUUGACCAAAGAGAGGGUGAAAAAAACUGUACAUGACAUUAUGGACAUAAAUAUUACCAAUAAUCUCCUGCUGAGAUUGAAGGAUAGAGGCAUUAACUUCACUGGUGCACCGAUCAGCCAGGUUUCUUCCCAUACCAUCUUCUAUGUGCUUAUUUAACUCCUGUUAACAAUGGUAAAUGUCCAUAUUAUCUUUUCUCCAGAAAGUACUGCAGAUUUUAUACACUUUAAAAACAAAGUAAAUGUUAAAAUGAUCUCAUUCAUGAAAGGAUAACUGUUCUGUGUGCUUUCAUAUACAAGAUAGCUUACAUUUAUUAAAGAGUGUACAAAAGAUGUAAUAGUUUAAUUCUGUACCAAAGACACUAAACAGCCCACACCACUAAGUAAGAGUAUAGGGCAAGGUGACGAAGCUGUCUCUGAAUAAUUGUUAACUAAAAUUCAACUUACAUUUUUAUAUACUUUUAACACACUUGGAGUAGGAUGAAACUCAGAACAAAAUUCAUCAACCAAAACAGAGAGUCGACAAAUUUCAUCUGUCAUUGCACAAGAAACCUGAAAAUAUUAAAAAAUCAGAGGCCAUGAAUUAAUAAGCAAGAUUAACAACUAGUGAAAAAAAAAGAAAAAAAAAAAAAACAAAAAACCUUAAAGUACUCCUCUAUGGUAAUAAAAAAAAAAACUAUGGUAAUAGGUAUAAGUUUUUUAGCAUUACCAAAAAAUACUUUCAGUCCUGUAUGUUUUAAUAAAUUAUUAUUUUUUUUACCUUGUUUGCCACCUCCUCUGUAACCUCCCGGAUUUUUUUCUUAACAUCCAGUGUUAAAAGGUUCAUCUGGUUUUGAAUAAAGUCCAAUCUAUCAAUUUGGUCUUCCCUCUCUUCCAUUGAAUACACUCUAUUAUAAUAUGAGAGUAAUUAAUAUUCAGGGUAUAUUAAAGUCCCAGAGCAAUUAAGCAAGGGCAUUAAUUUAUGUAUUGAACCACCCCUUAGCAUGACACAAGAAAAAAGAAAUCUCAUAUUUCAACAUCUAAAAGGGUUCAAAUAUUUCAUUUAUAAAAUACUUUAUAGAUGAUUGGGUAUAAACUAUUUUGUCCUUCUGUCCAUGUGGCACCUCAACGCCAUAAGAGAUUCAUAAAGAUUCUAAGUCUCCAAACACUUCACAGACAUGAACAGUCAAAACAGAGCUCAAUACUGUCUUAAUUUAAACAAGCCAUCAAUAAAUGGCAGCCUGCAAGCCAAAUACAGCCUGCUGCUGAUUUUUCUUAAAAGUUUCUUGGAAUAUAACAAUACCCAUCCAUUUACCUAUAGCUGUUUUCACUCUGAAGCCCUGGUGGCGCCAUGGUUAAGAGCUUGGCUGCUAACCAAGAGGUCUGCAGUUCAAACCCACCAGCCACUCCUUGGAAACUCUUUGGGGCAAUUCUACUCUGUCCUAUAGAGUUGCUAGGAGUUGGAAUUGACUUGAUGGCAACGGGUUUGGUUUGCUGGCUUUCACUCUACAACUGCACAGCUGAGCAGUUGAACAAAAAAGACAGUAUGAGGCACAAGUCUAAAAUAACUACUAUCUGGUCCUUUAUAGAAGGUGAUGCCUGCAUGUCAUCACAGGAAAACAAAGACCUGAGGUCCUUUUAAAAACAUACUUAACUAAAAGUUCCCAAGAUAUUAUGAUUAUACACAUUAUUUUUAGUUCAUAUCUUCUUUGUGCCAUAUUUAGUUCAAUGCUCUAUAUUUUUAAAAUUAAUAAUAUUAAGGUCAAUAUGAUGGAUCCAAUAUUUGUUUGGACUACUACAGUAAAGCACCUGAGCUGGAAGGGGCUUCAAUGGCAACAUCAUCUCACAUAUUAACAGGCUACACAGACGCCCCUCACAGGAGCUGAGAUUAGACUCUGGGUUCUCACCCUUGUGUCUUACAGGCUAACAGUUCUCUACUUUUGUACAUAAUUUAUUCCUGAGAAAAUGCCAAAAAUGAAGCAAGAGAUAGAAGGGUUGAGCAGAGUUCUGUUCCCAGCUAAUGAAAUACAUUUAAAACUCCCUAUCGUACCUCACCUUGGAUGCAAUUUUGGAUGCUUUGUAUCUUUGUUCCACUGGCUUAAAUCCACUGAAGGUCCAAUGGAGGCUUAGUAUCACUUUUGUCACCUCUAAUAACAUCCCGAUCUUUGUUUCAACUUUAUCAAAUUUGGGAGAACUACACUUUCAUUAAAGUAUUGACACUUUUAUGCAUUUAUUUCUAUUCUUUAUAAUGUAUUAAGUGGAAUAAAACAGAGCAGUGCAGUAUGACAAAUAGGUUAAUGCCUACCAAACUGCCAUUCUGGCUAGCAGGUAGAAUCACCAGCCAAUAAACAAAAACUGACAAUUGGCAUAAAGAAGUGAUUUCAGGUUGUUGGUGUAUGUAUAUAUGAAAGAAUGGGUAGUAAGCUGAAUAUAAAAAAGAAAACGAUCACCGUUUUGGACUUAAGCAUAAAAUUCUGCUUGAAAAAAUGGUUCCUCCACUGCUUUAAAAAAUCUCGAAUUCACUAAACAUUUUAAAAUCACAAUUCAUAUGUGGGUAUACUGCAUUCCAGGGAAGGUGCUGGUUUGUUCAACAUUAAAGAAUAAAUAUUUAUUUGCAGUUUCAAACAUUUCAAAAACAUGCAAGUUAAUAAAUAUUUCAAAUUUUUAAAAAAUAUGCAAGUAGGCAUCAGGUAAACCCACAAGGUUGGUUUUAGUGUGAAAAGUAUUUGUAACAAGUUAAAACUUUAGUCUUAGGAAUUCACACUGACACAAAAAAACUAACAUUUUUAUGUUGCAACAAAGUAAACGCAUACCUUUUCUCUGCGGCUGCCACGUUUACUGAAUCCAUUAUGUCUUUCACAGUAUCUAGUAUCUGUUUAGCUCUGAUAGUGUGCUGUUCAAACUUUGUUUUCACUGCUGACUGCGAGAUACACUCCUGCGAGGGGCCCAAGCCAUAACACAUUACUGUAAUUCCAUCCCAACAUUUUCAGGAAUUUAAACACAAAACCUUGCUGUUUGUAACUUUUCAAGGAAAACAAAACUACGAAUGCAAAAUAAAUACAUGGCAAACACAACGUAAAAUUACAAAAGUUAAAUGAAAGUACAAGGAUACAGAAAAAGUUUUUACAGCAAGUUCAUAGCUUUGUGUAUUUCUACACAGUAAUGUGCAAUGGUUCUGUUGGCUCUAACAUUAAAACAAAACAACAGGGCACAGUUUUCAAUGUUAAAAAAUGCUUCCCCAUUAGAAUUAUUAGUUUUACCUGGAUUAUCUUUAAUCUGUCCAUUUUGAUUUUUCUAACACUUUGCAACAGAUAACCUAAUAAAGUUCUUAAUUGAGUUGUGAAACAGAAUUAUUAAAAAACAGUUGAGUCACUGUGAUGAUUUAUAUAAGGUUACUAAAAGGGACUUCUACAGAUAAAACUUGAACAAUUUAAAAAAUAAUCUAACAACAAACAACCUAAGUGAUAGUUUAAAUCAUUUCAAGUAUCUGCUACAGUUAUUUCCAAGAUAAUCCUAUUACUGUUAUUGGGAUACCUACCAGGUGUGCACACAGGCCUAACGCCUAACGCCCUAUCUCACUUGUUUCACGUUUAAGCUAACUACAGCUCAUAACACAUUAAUAGGGAGUAAAAAUCAAUUUAGUGUUUCAUGACCAGUAGUUUUAAAACAAAAAAUGUGAGAAUGUAUCAUAUAUAGUGAUAAAUACAUUUAGUUUGUAAAAUUUGUUUCAGAUUUUAACAGAUGUACAUACCAAUUGCUAUAUAAAUAUAUAUAUUUAACAGUGAGUAAAUUUAACCAUCAAAAGCUUGCCAAAAUUAUUAUAUUUUUUACUCAUUUCAUUUUUACUUCCUAGAAAGUCAAAUUCUGUAAUAACUACAAAUGUUUACAGAGAAAUGCUACCUGGUCUUUGGACAACCUAGGGAAUACCAGGCUGGGUCACAUCAACAUCAGUAACCAUGCUAUAUGUUUUGUAGAUCUUCUUGGGCUUUUUUUUCUACGAUAAAUUUAAAAUUGGGCUAUACCCCAACCCUCUGAGGUUUCUAGGAAACCAUCUUCUUGAACCUCUUUAUAUAUUUAGCUAGUACAAAUUGUGGUAAUUACUUCCUGAAGUUAAUUAUUCUACCUCCUUUGUCAAAAUAAAUAGCUUUCAAGCUGUAAAAGGCAUUCACUGAAUAUCCUAGUAUAUUUGUUACCCUAAAACCACUAGUAUUUUAUACUUUACUCAGUGUGCUACAAUGAAACCUGUGAGAGCCAGAACUCGAGGGACUGCCUUGUUCUUCCAGGUCUCACGAAUUUUCCGCCUUUGACAGGGUACAGUCUUACCACUUUUCUGUUGCUCUUGUGGAAAAUACUUUCAUUUUCCUUCUCUGACAGGUUUCUGCCUCUUUACACAGGUUCCAGCUUUCACAGGUUUUACUCUAUUUAGAACUCAUGCUUGUCCUUCAUUCUCUAAGACGAUUAUAUGCUCACUUCACUCAGACAGAAAGAAGACUUUUAAUCUCUUUUGCCAUUUUAGCUGCCCUCUUCAGUACUUUGGUUGAGGUACAGAAAACAAAAUAGAUUCAUCUCUUUAGUUAUGGAGCACAUGAGAGUAAUGUAUUUACGCAACAGUUUAUAACAACUUGUUAAUCCUUUCUUGCACCUUAAUUCAGAGUCCAUUAGUUUUUUUGUUAUUUAGCCUGACUUUUGUCCAUGAUGAAGUAAAGUUCAUUUAUAAAUCACUUAUUUUCACUAAUCCUAAAGAGAGUAGUGGUAGGAAGUUACAACAUUCCUGUUCUGUACCUGUCUAAAGCAAAAACAAAGCAUUCCUGGAUGGUUCUUCCUUCUUUAAAAAUACCAAAAACUACCCCAAAUUAAAUAUUUAAAAUGUAAUCUGCUUAUUUUUAAUGAUCAAUACAAAGCUUUAAUUUUAUUUGAAAUAACUGUGCUUCAUAAAUGUAAAAAAUUAAUAUCCACAAAAAAUAAAGGCAUAAAAAUAAAAUUUUUAAAAAAGAAAUAAGGUUAAAAGAAAUUCUAUAUUCCUCGAUGAAGCAGAUCUAGAUAUCAGCAAUGAAGAUCCAAAUUCAUAGAUAACAGCACAGUGUUAGAGCUAGACGAGACAGAAAAAGAAAAAUCUCCAAAAGUUAUUAGGCAACAUAAAAGCUACUCCUUUAUUAAAAAAUGUAUAAUGAUGAAUAAGGAUAGAGAAUAAAACAAUCUUCUUCCAAUUGAAAGGUAUCCCAAACUGAUGUUCCCACUGAUCUGAAGAAUAUUAAUAGGCACACUGCAAAAAAAAUACUCUCAAGUAAGUAUGGGAAUUGCUAAAUUAAACAGUUUCUUUACUGAAUUAUUUUUCAGAGCCUUUAAUAUACAUAAAUAUAGUAAUAUGUUUAUGAAUUUCCAGUUUUUUCAAAAAUUGCUGAGCAAUGACAGCGUUCACUGUCUCCAUUACAACCAUAUCACUAAAUACAUCAGGACUUGUGUCCUAAGCACAGGGACAUUUUCCAACACAACCAAGAUAGAAUAGCCACGUUCAGAAUAUUUACCAUUGAGACAAUACUAUUACCUAACACAGUUCACAUCCAAGUUUCACUAAUUCUUCCAGAAGAUCCUUUACAACAAAUCUAUUCACAUUUUAAUGAAAAGAAUUCUUUUAUACCUCUACUGUGAGCCAAAGAUUUGGGCUAAGAAAUCUGGACUUCUAACUUGCCUUUAAAAUAUAUGCCUGCCCAAAUACAGUAAGAAAAAAUAUUAAUAGUAACAUUGCUUUUCCUUGGUUGAUUAUACCAAAUUUAAUUUCCAAGCCUGGCUUAACUUAGUCCUGUAAAUGUCCUUUCAAAUCAAAUAAAUCUGAGGAAGCCCAGGAUAAAAAUCAGAUUGCUUGAUAAAAAUGAUGAAUUUGACAUAAAGUUUUUCUUUUCACAAAAUCCAGCUCAUAAGGCUACAAAAACAAAUGAAUUUCAAAAAUAGAGAAUGUAUAUAAAAGCCAUAUUCUGUGAUCGCAAUGCAAUGAAACAAAGAAAUUAAUGACCAAAAAUUAAUGAUUAAAAUAAUUUGAAUUUUAAAAACUCCGCCUUAAAAAAAUGGCAAAAACAAAGAUUAAUCAAAAAACACUGAAAACCUACUGGAUACCAAAACUCAUGGGUUAUGCCCAAAGCUGCACUCAAAAUUCACAGCCUUUAAAUCCUCUCGUAAAGAACAAAAAGCAAAGAACUUAAAAAAAAAAAAAAGAAUAGAUGGAAA